CUCAUCCUGCUUAAUAUUUCAAGCUACAAAGUGUCAGUAUAUGGCUUAUAGUAAUAUACUAUCAUUGAUAUGGAAAAACAGGUACAAGUAUGAAUUGAUUAACGAAAAUCUAAUAAUAGAGAGUACAUUUAUGCAACAAACAAGUGGAUGCGAAAAUUUAUGGAAGGCUCAGUUAGGUAUGACUGCAAAUUAUAUUAUCCUUUUUAGAUAUAAUAUUGAAAGCAUAAAUACCAGUAAACAUAAGGAAAGUUCUUCAGUUCUUCUCAGCAUGAUUCCUAUAGAGACUUUAAGAAUAACAAAAUAUCCCAGAAGGAAAUUAGAAAUUUGCACCCUAGACGGCUCGUACAGCUUCUAUAAAUUAAUCAAACAUCGAGGAUGUGGUACGGCUUGGUCAAAAUGGAAAUCUCUCCAUGGAACAAUUCCUAAAGAAAAGUUAAAACUUAAUGUUGAACUAAGGCUAAUACCUUUCAUAGAUCUGGACAAGAAAAUAAAAAAUCAGUUGAAAGAUGAAAAAUUUAUUUAUUGUUUGCGUAUCUUACGAAGAUGUUCUCAGAAGGCAUUCGAUUUAAACAAAACCUUCCACAUAGCAAUUUUUGACAACAAAACUUCCAAAGGAACUGCAUCAUUUGAAUAUGGAGCGGCACCAGCAAAGAAAUGCUCGUCGAUGCUGAAAUGGAUAAAAGGUGAAUCCAGAUUAAGUAACUUCAAGUCUGGUUCAACAAGCAGCGGGAGUAAAAAGAAUGUAACAAUAAAUACGAAAGCCGAAACUAUUCAAAAUGGAGAACAGUUACCCUCGUAUGUGAAGACCAAUCAAGGAUCAAAAGACUUAAAUGGAAGACAGGCAGCAGAAGUAAGGAAAAAAAUGCGACUGGUUCGAAGGUUUGGAGAAGGAAUACCUGAUGGAUGCGUUUUCGACUUGACAUUAAGUUACCAUGACCAAAUCGAUCAGAAUGAAUACUCAAAACCAAAACCGCCAAAAAGAAAAAAAAGCACCGAAUUAGGGUUGUUUGAUGAUUUUUCUUCGGAGAAAAUUGCCCUUAAAACAUUGCAGCAAUGGUCUGAUUAUGAGACAGACAACAACGCAAGCGAGGAAGAAUUGAAGCGAGAGUAUCAAGAAGACUGCCGCCAAAUUUUAAAAGCCGUCAGAUAUUUCCAAAACACUUCUCUUCCUGUUCUUGAGAAAGGUAUCAAAAAAGUAAAAUCUGUUGAAUCAUUCAAGUCAAUAGCUUUAACAAAAUACCAGAACGUGUAUCUGACUUCUAAUGUAUCUUUACCCAAUCUGCAUGAGCUGGCACUAUUUCGUAGAACUAGCAGACUUUCAUAUGUUUUAGGUUUCGAUGAGGAGAACAUAGAAAGCGGAUAUUAUUUUCGAGAAGAUAAUCCUCUACAACCUCUGUCAUUUUGGAUCGCAAACCCUGGGACAGGACAACAAAACUAUGGUAGAUUUUAUUCCACCGAUCCAAUACACCGAAAGAUGAAAGCCCAGAGAUUAAAAUUAAAUCUUCUGAGGUGGAGAAAUAAAGGCAGAUGGUAUGAUAUUCGAGAAAAAUGUAACCUUUUAGUUCAUUCUGAUGAUGAUAGCUUGAAUACUAAGUUUUUAAAGACAGCAGCAUUAGCCAGCAAAGUAAUUCAUCAGAUUGAGGAAGAAUAUCCUAAGCGCCAGACAUUAUGGGUGGAAUCCCCUGAAAGGAAAAAUGCCCGCGUCCGAAAUAAAAGCCAGAAACCUACCGCAGAAAAGAACAAGAAACGCAGCAGAAAAUCUGUCGCCGAGAAGAAGCAUAUGACAUCAUUUAAAAAUAUAAACGAACUGAAGCCUCUACAAGUGGCACAAGAUUUGAGGAGAAUUCAACAGAGACUCUUUUAUGAAAUCGAGAGCGCAGAAAUAACAAGAUACAUCCUGAAACCCGAAACCGUUACUGAGGUGAACUGCCCUUACCUAUGUGGAUAUUUACUCUUUUUUAAUAGAAUAAAAAAUUUGGUGGUGACAGAAAUUAUGACGCAACAGAACAGUCUGGAUAAAACGGAAGCUUUCUAUCGAUUUAUCCAGGUGGCAGUGUUUUCCUACAAAAUGCACAAUUAUCAAGGAGCCUAUGCAAUUCUUUGUGGAUUAUGUGAACCAAUACUUACAGAAUGCCAUGAAUUAUGGUCCUCCAUACUUGAUGAUCCAAAAACUGAAUUAAGUGAUUUUGAUGAUCUUCUAAGAAUUGGUUGGUAUGAAAAAAUACAAUGGCACUCAAAACUAGAAAUUCCUUUCUUUGGACAUUUCAUGACACUAAUUAUUAAACAGCUCAUUCAGAAGUCAGAAAACUUUCCUCAAAUGGAGAUAUCAGGACUGAGUUUUUUGAAAAAGAAACUUUCACGUAAGAUUAUAAACAUAACAUGAAUUUUAAAUAUGAAAAUGUGUUUAAAGCAAUUAUUUGAUUUGUGUUAUAACUGUUAAUUAUCUAUUCAGAAUAUUUAUUUCUGAUACCCAGAUUUUCAUAACUACAGAUUUCAUUCUUUACAGAAGAAUUUGAAAAUCUGCAUUUGAUUUUGGAUGCAAACAAAAUUUUGAAUUUAAAAAAAAUUCACUAUGACAAAAUUUACAGCAAUUUUUUUAUGUAUCUGAAAACCAACUUUUUAACAAUAGUAUAUUAAAACGAAUUUUGAUUCGGGAGGUGAGUUUAUUUCACUAUUGAGAUCAUUUACCGUUUCUAUGCCAACUCCCUAUUCUUUCUUUCUAUUAACACUUUGCACUCGAGAAGUGACUCUCUCACCAUGUGAUUCGAUGCCGCAACUCGAGAGGUGAUUCUCGCUCCCCACUUGGUUUGAUGCGGAAACUCGAUGCACGGUAAUAACUGUUUAAUUUCUUCGAAGCGCGUUCUUACACUCUUUCUGUAUAAUCUUAUGAAGUGUAAAAUUAUACCCCUUUAAGUGAAAAUAAGAUUUUCUUAUCUGAGAUCUUGCCUUUUCUUAUCUAUCAUAAAGUCUGUUCUCAGAGAAAUGAACCCGGAAAAAGGCAUCAAAUGAGCCCCGACCAGCCAGGCCUACGUCUUGGGAAUGGUUACAUGAAAUAUCAUACACACAAAAAUUACAGAGACUAAUAUUUAAGAUAUUAUGUUUAUGAAGGUGUAAAGAUAUAUAAAAUGUUAAACUCUAAAAAUUUUAUAUAUUAAUUUGUAUGUGUGUGUAAUGAUUUUUAAGUUACUGGUAAGAAAUGCAUCAAAAAGGUUGUGAAACGUCUCGAGUUGCUGGUGAGCCGAGCUAAAAAGGCCUUAAAGCAAAGGGUUUAUAUGGAUACUGAAUAUCCAUUUUUUACCCAAAGCAAUACAAAUGUUUUGCUUUAGGUAAACCUUAUUUUUGAGUACAUAUUCUACUGUUUUUUAAUAGCAAUCCUGGAGUUACAUGAUUAACAUGUGCCAAAAUUUAUUUACUCAUAACUAGAGCCGUGACAAGGGUGAGGCAAGUAGGCACAUGCCUCAGGUGAACAAACAACUAAAAAUGGUGCGAAAUUAGCUAUGAAAAUUUCGAAAUUCAUUUUAAAAUAUAAAUUAUGAUCAUUAAUUUUAUUCCAUUCUCAACUUUAGAACACAACAAGAAGCAUCAAAAGAAUUUUAUUGUAAACAAACCAGAUGAAUUAAGAGAAAAAUUUAUAGCAUUAAUUCAUUUUCAAAAGUUUUGAACUUUACUGUGCAGUACAUACACUGCUUUCUAACAUUAAAAAUUAUAGUUGGAAAUAACCUUUGAAAUUAAUUUAGACCUUGUGUACAACCUAUGGAGUUGCACCCUGCUGCUGACAUUCAUAAUUCUUUACCAUUUAUAUCUCUUUAAUUCAAAUAUAGCUUUUAUUUCGCUUCAAUAAGCUUUCUAAACAGCACUUGCUGAAAAUUAACUGAAAAUGGAUGAUGAUGUAAUAGCUUUAACAAUUUCUAGCAUCAGACCUUAAUGGAAUAUCAUCGGGAGUCUAAACACUGAUGUUUGAAAAUGAAAUGUACAGUAUCAUCAGUGUUGUUGGGUAGAACUUACCAAUGAACGACAUGCGCAGUACAAGUUUUUAUCUUAUAUCCAUAUUUUAUUUGCACAGAAUGGUUUCAUUUGUAGUUUUUCUGAAUCAGUUAAAUAUAUUACUGGGUGGGUUUAAGCGAAUUGGUGCAUUAAUCUGCCUCAUAAUUUGUAAGGUUGGAACAUGACUUAUGUUGAGUUGUUCUGUUAUUUAUAAUGAAACAAUAAAAUUAAUUGUUUAGAAAAGAAAUACAAAAUGGGUUUAAAAUUUUGAAUUUUUAAGACGAAUAGUUCUGACUAAUUUUAAUAUAAAAGAACAUGUUUUACAAACUGUAGUUCUGUUCUGUUGACUUUCGAUGCUUUUCCGCAAACCGAGAAUAAGAUAUAUAUAUGUGGGAUUUUAAAUACAUAGCUUAAUAUUUUUCCUCGUGCGCUGUCUAAAUUUUAGCUGUUGACUGCACGAGUGAAAUUGAUAGAACUCUCGCCACUUUGUUUUAUGAGAGGAGAUGUAAGAUAAUAUAAAUGUGGUAUUAAGAGAUGUAAGACAUUAUAGUUGUCAUGUUAAUAGAUAUAAGAUGUUAUAGAUAUCGUGGUAAUAGAUAAACGAUGUUAUAGAUUUUGUAUUAAUAGAUGAACUAUGUUAUAGAUGUAUUAAUGUUUUAUUAAAUGUGUUUUGUUUGAA